CCGUGCUCUUGCUGAGCGCUAUGAUAACGUGACUGGGGAAUUGCGCAAGGGUCUUGCGCUGCAGUCUCAGGGCUCUGGUAUAUCCGAAACUGAUUCCGAGACACAAUCAACUUCAUCGUGUCCAGAGCCUAACAUGGAACAGAACACAGCAAAACCGAAGCGUGAUGUGCUCCUUGGUUCUGGUGGGAGCUCAGACAUUUCCAAGAAGGAGAGUGAUGGAUCAUCUUCUUCUUCUUCAGAUUCUGAUUCAGAGGUUGACGAGGCAAGUGAAGAAAAUGGCAAUGGGAUUUCUUAUAUAAGUGAUGAACGGAUUGCUGAGCUGGAAGAUGAGCUUCAGGAAGCAAGGCAACAAAUUGAGGCGCUUGAGGUAAAGAACAUGCACUGCCAGUGUGAGAAACUUGAAGAGAGUCUCAAACAAGUUAGCAAUGAAAAGGAAGAUCUGGUAGCUGCAAUUCUGGCAAGCAAGAAUGAGGUCGAGGAUCUAAAAGGAGACAUGGUCUCGGCAGCUAAACAUUUUGAAGCCCAACUAGUGCACCGUGACCAUGAGAUUGAGAAGUGCAAGCAGGAGGCUGAGCAAGUUUCUGAAAAGUAUUUCCAUGAGAAAUCCACUCUCGAAUCUGAAAUCCAAAGGCUCCAGGAAGUUGUUAAGAGUUUUGAAGAGAACCUAACAAAAGUUGCUGAUGAGAAAUUGCAGCUUGAGGCCCAGCUAAAGGAACUUGAACAGACUUCUAAUGAUUUAGAUGACUCUUCUGCUGAGAUUAUAAAGCUACAAGAAAUAAUCAAGGAUCUGCAAGAAAGAUUGGAAAAUGACUCAAACGAGAAGAGUGUACUUGAGGAACGUGCUAUGGAGCUGGAGCAAGUUCGUAGGCAGUUAGAGGAUUCAAGAGCUGAGGCUAGUAUGGAGCUACAAACUACAAUUAAGAACCUGAAUCAAGUUCUUCAAGAGAAAGCAGAACUUGAGAAUCGUAUGAAGGAUGCGGAGCAGGCAACCAGCGACCUAAACUCCCUGGUCGCUUCCCUCGACGGCAAGCUGAAAGCCACAGAGGCGCAGCUCGAACAGCUUCACGCGGAGAGAGCAGAAGCAAUCCUCGAGAGCGAGAAACAGGUAUCCGAGCUGAACCAAGCCAUCGCCCGUCUCAAGACGCAGCUGGAGCUGCUGUCUUCGGAGAAGGCCGCAGUCGAGAACAAGGCGUCCGCUCUGCUGACCGAUGUCGCCGUUCGCGACGAGAAGCUGAAGGAGACGGACCGCCACCUGCACCAGCUGCACCUGGAGCACGUCGAGCUGAUCGGAGCGGCGGACGCCGCGCGGGAAGACGCGUCGGGCCUGCGCUCACGCGUGCGCGAGCUCGAGGUGGAGGUCGAGAGGCAGAGGCUCAUGGUGGCAGACAGCGCGGAGGGGAAGCGCGAGGCGAUCAGGCAGCUGUGCUUCUCGCUCGACCACUACCGCCACGGGUACCAGCAGCUCCGGCUGCUCCUGCAGGGCCACAGGCGGCCCCGGCCCAUGGUGAUGACAGCGUGAUGAGUUGAAGUGGUUGUUGUCCUGGAUGUUGGGACUUGGGAAGUAUGUCGAAACUCUUGACUUGAAGCUGCUGCUUCUCGGUGUGUUGUCCUGACGACAUGAGUGAGUUUCUAUCUGGAUGAGCGGAUGGUAGGAGGAAGUCGAAACUCUACAUAGUUCGAGGAGAGCUUGUGCUCUGUAGUUACUUUGCACUGCGGAGUUACUCGUCAAUUUGUGCUGUGUGAUGUAAGGAGCUAGCUAUCACGGUGUUCCCUUCUUUAUUCUCUCAGUUCGUGCUCAUUGUUGGUUUGCUGAAGUGAAGUGGGAAGUGGGAACGACGAAUUCUUCGAGUGCUG